CAAGUACAGCAGGAUCCGUGUUGUGCUGGAUGGUGAUGAGCGUCUGAUGAUGCAGAUUAUCGACGCAGAGGAGACAUACAUGACAGAGUGGCUGGAGGCCCACAGGGGCAUCAUGGAGGCCCAGAUCAAAGAGAUAGACAGCCUCAGAGCCUCUAGCAAAUCGCUCCUCCGAGAAACAAAUGAGCUGCGAUUCCUACAGCAAAUCACAGCACAGAAUCUUUGCGACCCUUUGGAUUUAGCACCAAUCCAGGAAGUAGACAAAGAUCUGUGUGACCCUGAGAAGCUGAGAACAGUAGAGAGGCUGGUGGACGACCUCUCAGUGGCUCUGUCUCAACACUUUCCACGAAUGUGGUCAUAUCUAAGUUCUCCUGCUCUGGACUCCAAGUCAGCCCAUCCCAAACUGGAAAUAUCCCAGGACAGGAAACAAGUGUACUGGAGAAGGCAGCCUGUCAGUGAAGCUCUGAGCCCUCAGCCUUAUGACUCCCAGUACAGUGUCCUGGCUCAGGAGAGUUUUACUACUGGCCGGCACUACUGGGAGGUCAUCGUCCAGGACAAACCUUACUGGCUAAUGGGUGUUACCACUGGGUCAGUCAAUACAAAAGGUGCUCCAAGUCAGAGUUUCUCCAGCCUGGGUGUGAACAACACAUCCUGGUGCAUCUACCAUGGAGACGGACAGUACCUGGCAUGCCAUGAUACCCAGGAGAAGCAACUGUCGGUGGGAAAGAGAGUCAGAAAGCUGGGCAUACUGGCAAAUCUCCAGAAGGGGGAGCUGUCAUUCUAUGACGCUGAUGCUAUGACCCUGCUUCACACUUUCUGCGUGCAGUGCACAGAGCCUCUCUACCCCAUGUUAAACCCAUGCAUUGAUGUAAAUGGACUGAACGCGCAGCCGCUUACCAUGUUUUGGAUUAAGGACCCCUGGGAUUGGCACGGAAACACAAAUGGGGGCAAAGAGUGAACUUAGAGGACAACCUUAAAUGACUGUGUUGUGAAUCAAGAUUCACUGAUUGAACUCUAUUUUUUUCCUCACAAACAUUUUUACAUGGUGGAAAUGUCAAACAUGCU